ACCAUGCCCAAAGGGAACGCUUACCACUAACAAAAAAUCAAACCUGUUUAAUAACAGUUAUGUGCCUUUAUUUGAAUGUAAAUGUGCUCCAUCCAAUUUUCCAAGUUGAGUCCUUGUGCAUGCACAAUUUUUGGCAGGGUGUGGGGUAAAACAGACUUAAUGGAGCCUUUCUUUGUAAACUAGGACCUUGCGAGCAAUGGCCCUGUAUCUCUGUAUGAAGUACAGUUGCUAGCUGUUGGAAGGUGCUGGGAAUGUUCAUCAACACAAGUUAAAGGAUCACAGGUUGGGAAAUAAGAUACAAAUGAGGUAAUGUAAUAAACUGUCUAAAGUUUGCUACCAGUCUAGUAGCCCAUAACAACCAUUCAGCAAGCAGCAGGUACUAGUCAGUUUCUUGAAAAUACACAUUUGAUUUGUUACAAUGGGUUACACAAUGAAAUGACACACUUACUUAUUACCUAAGUUUACCAGAUAACUGAAAAUAUCAGGGACAUAAUAAAUAAAUGUUACAGGUCUGCAGGUCAGUGGAGCCCUUGUAGCUGGAUUUUGUAGGUGCCCCUAUGUCAGCCCCAAAAGUGAUCUAUUGAAAUCUGUUGUGUUAUUAUUUUCACCUCUGCUAUAUAUGGGUUUCGCCAUGCUUUCUACCAACAAAUGGCUAGCCUAGUCCUGACACAGGCCUAAAUAUGUAAUGUAGAUUCUGGCAAAUGCCAGUAAGAUGCGAAGAUAGUCGCUAUGUAUUGGCCCUGUAGGGAGUUUAGUUUGGUUAAGGUUCUUGUUUAUAACUAUAUCCUACAGGAAAUUCCAUGUGACAUGACUCCAAUUACUUAAAUGCCUUUAGUCAGCAGUUUUAGAGCAUUGAGUAUUUCCUGUUUCUUAUUAUAUGAGCCCACUAAUAGGUGGGCACUCAUGGUUUUACAGAUACAACACAGAGGUAAGGAACUCCAGACUUGGUUUCUAGUCUAACUAUAAACUAGGCCCUAUGCAUCAACAGUAAGUAUGGUAACAUUGGAGUUGUGUGACAGAAAAGUUGGCAACAAAGUUGCCAAUUUUCAUGGAAUCAAUUGGUAUAAUAUGCCCAAAGCUAAUGGGCAAAUUGCAAUGUUGUGAUUUACCAGUCUUUAGUGAAUGCCUGGUUCGCUGUUCCUGUGGCAAAUGAUUUUUCCCAAACAGCAAAGACAAACCAUUAAUUAAAUUGAAUGCAGGUCAGCAUGGACCCAUCACAUAGAGCUAUUGCUGGUCGGUUUUGUCACAUUUGGGGCUUAACAAGACCUUUGUUUCUCUACCAACUGCUGCUGGACUGAUAAUUAUCACUGUAAAGUGGAUUUAAUUGCAUGGCCCCACUGUAGGUGCAAUCUGCUGACUAGUUUAGUCUGAACUUCACAUUAAUAAAUCAUUUCAUAACUUUUUUGUAUCAAUUCAUAUCUGGGAUGGAAAUGCUGCACUCUAAACAAGCAUGCCAAGCUUUGUGCCUACAGUGUUCCGGAUGUCAUCAAACUACUCUUUAUCUCUCAACACUGCAGUUUAAGCUUGUGUGGAGCUGUAGUUGCACAACUCCAAAAUAGAUGCAUGUUGGACUUGCUUAUUCUAGGUUACAUCUCCAUCAUCUUUACAUAUUUCUAGGGUGUUUCCAUUAAGAUGGAGAAACACCGCAUCAGAAAAAAGGACUUGAUUCAAUCUGACAUUUAAAAGGGAAAAAAACCUGACCAGAAGCAUUUCACUCUUUACAUGAGGAAUGUCAGAAAAAAGCCAAAUCUGGCACUAUUGCGUUCUUCUUCCAGCAUUCUGACAAGGCUUGUGUGUGAGUUUGGGAAUUCAAAUUGGACCUCCCAGCAUUUGUUUCAGCUUGGGGCCAAGGUGCCUCUGUAAAGGAUCUGUUUCAUUUAAAUAGAACUUUUUCUUCUCUUGGAAUUUUCUGAAGCUCUGCUCAGCAGGACAAAACCUUAUUCAACAACAGCUUGAUGGGAGCAAAAUAUAAAUUAAAAAGGGCUUCCAUUUAUGAUUCUCAACAAUAGAGGAAGCAGACCCUGUAACUGUUGGGGUUAGCAGGAGGUAUGGGGGGCAGAGGGACACUGACCAGUAUGUAGUUGAGGAGUGAGUGAGGAGAGGAAGAAAAUAGUGUAGAGUGGGUGGGCUUCUGGUCUAAAGUUUUUUGGUGGGCCCUUGGUGUCCCAGUCCGACACUGCUGAGAAUGCUGGGAGUUGCGGCCAAUAACUGCUGGAAGGUUGCAGGCUGGGAAUCCGUAGAAUCUGAUCUGAGCUGAGGGAAAGCAGAGAAGGGGCGGAAAGAGGGGAAGAAAUGAGGAGAAGAAGUUGCUAAUGGCUGGAUUGCAUGCGAGAGGAGAGGGCUGGAUCACUUUAAGGCUCCCCCUGAAGCAGGGAGAUGCACACACAAGGCUUUGCCUGCCUGGGUGGUCUCUCUACUUUGGUGAGCUGUUGCUAAGCAGCUAAUAAUAGUCAUGUUUGUUGAGUAAUUUCUGCCCUUCUCUAGCCAAUCGGAAAGCAGGAAUCCAAGCCAUCUGACAGCCCCCGGGGGUGGGUCUCUGGAUUCUCUCCUCCUUUCCUCUUUCUCCAAAUGGAGAGAGCCAGUUUUUUUCCUCCCCCUUCCUCCUAAAUCUCAUCUAUUGAAGCAAGGAAAGAGCGAGGGAGAGAGAGAGAGAGAACACAGGCAGCCGAGCAAUUCUUCUAGGGCCCCCGCACUCAUUGCUGUUUGGAUAAACCAUGAUCCGGAGAGCCAGGCGCACUGUUUGCUCCCGGGGGAGGACACCCAGUUAGUGAGAGGAGAAGCGGCACGUUUGGCUUGUUCCGCAGCUUUGCCUGUUGCGCGGUGUCCCCUGACUGCACGGAGGUUCAAUCUGUUCUCUGCAGGCGGCGGGUGCAUGCUCUGUGGGAGCCCGCUCUCUUUUCCUUUGGUCCUGCACUUUGCAUGCGAGUGUGAGGCGCCCCAUGGUGUGACCCGAGCUCGCACGCUUUCCUCUUACACACACACACACUCCGGGACCCCUUUCUGAAUGCGGGAAGCUGCCGAGACCCCCGGAUCGCGAAAUGUGGGGAUGGAAGGCGCAAAGUUUCACUCGCCGCCCUCCUCCUCUUUCUCGCCUGCAGCAGCAUGAAGCAGAGGAUUGUGCCAGCCAAGGAAGAACAAGAAGCUGCCAGUGCCUGUCUCAUUUGGAGCAGCUAAACCUCGGGGGGAUAGCGGAGUGCCAACCCCUGGGGGAAAGCAACGGCCCCGAGCCGGACACAACAUGGCCUCGGCUGCCUGUGCCGCGGAACUGGGUGCUAGUGGGGAGGCAGCUGCCCAGCCGAGGGUAGUCAGGAGGAGAGGAAGGAGCAGGAGAGUAGCGCCGCCUGACCACGACUAUCUGCAGCGGCCGAGCUACUGCGAUGCCAAUUUCGCCCUUCAGCAGAUAUCAGAGGGGAAGGCUAUAGGAAGAAAAGCUCCAUUGUGGCUAAGAGCAUUCUUUCAAAGACAAUUGUUUAAACUUGGUUGUUACAUACAAAAAAACUGCGGAAAAUUUCUGGUUGUGGGCCUUUUAAUAUUUGGUGCUUUCGCUGUAGGAUUAAGAGCAGCUAAUUUAGAGACCAAUGUGGAAGAGCUGUGGGUUGAAGUUGGUGGAAGAGUAAGCCGUGAAUUAGAUUAUACCCGCCAGAAGAUAGGGGAGGAGGCUAUGUUUAAUCCACAGCUUAUGAUUCAGACUCCUCUUGAAGAUGGUGCUAAUGUCCUGACAACAGAAGCUCUCCUGCAACAUCUGCACUCUGCACUUGAAGCCACCAAGGUGCAAGUCUACAUGUACAACAAACCUUGGAAAUUGGAAGAAUUAUGCUUUAAAUCAGGUGAACUUAUUACCGAAGCAGUGUACGUGAGCCAGAUUAUAGAUUCAAUGUAUCCAUGUCUAAUCAUCACACCACUGGAUUGCUUUUGGGAAGGUGCAAAGCUUCAGUCUGGAAUGGCAUAUCUACCAGGUAAAGACAUUUUGCAAUGGACAAACUUUGACCCUUUGGAGUUGCUGGAAGAGUUAAAGAAAGGAAAACUUCAUAUAGACAUCUGGGAGGAAAUGAUAAACAAGGCAGAAGUAGGCCACGGUUAUAUGGACAGACCUUGUUUGAACCCAUCGGAUAAGAAUUGUCCAUACACUGCACCCAACAAAAAUUCAACCAAACCUGUAGACGUAUCCCUUAUUCUAAGUGGUGGAUGCUAUGGACUGUCAAAAAAAUAUAUGCACUGGCAAGAGGAACUGAUCAUUGGUGGCACGGUGAAGAAUGCUAGUGGUCAAAUUGUCAGUGCCCUGGCUUUGCAGACCAUGUUUCAACUGAUGACCCCCAAACAAAUGUAUGAGCACUUCAAGGGUCAUGAAGUAGUUUCCCACAUGAAUUGGAAUGAAGACAAAGCAGCUGCAAUCUUGGAGGCCUGGCAGAGGACCUAUGUUCAGGUUGUACACCAAAGUGUCCCACAAAACUCCUCACAGAAAGUUCUCCCUUUUACUACAACUACACUGGAUGAUAUUCUCAAGUCAUUCUCAGAUGUGAGCGUUAUCAGAGUUGCAAGUGGCUAUCUGCUGAUGCUUGCCUAUGCCUGUUUAACCAUGCUGAGGUGGGACUGUGCCAAGUCCCAGGGUGCCGUGGGGCUAGCAGGAGUCUUGCUGGUUGCGCUUUCAGUGGCUGCUGGAUUGGGUCUAUGUUCAUUGAUUGGAAUUUCCUUUAAUGCAGCAACAACUCAGGUUUUGCCUUUUCUCGCUCUUGGGGUUGGUGUAGAUGAUGUCUUCCUUUUGGCACAUGCUUUUAGUGAAACCGGGCAGAAUAAAAGAAUUCCAUUUGAGGACAGGACUGGUGAGUGUCUAAAGCGCACAGGAGCAAGCGUAGCCCUUACAUCUAUUAGCAAUGUGACUGCUUUCUUCAUGGCUGCCUUGAUACCUAUUCCUGCAUUGCGGGCAUUUUCCCUCCAAGCUGCUGUUGUUGUGGUGUUUAAUUUUGCCAUGGUCCUGCUGAUAUUUCCUGCUAUACUUAGCAUGGACCUCUAUCGCAGGGAAGUCCGCAGACUUGAUAUCUUCUGUUGCUUCAGCAGUCCUUGCGUGAGCAGAGUGAUUCAGAUUGAGCCCCAGGCCUAUACAGACAAUAAUGACAAUACACGCUACAGCCUGCCCCCAACCUACAGCAGUCACAGCUUUGCACAUGAAACACAAAUCACAAUGCAGUCGACAGUCCAGCUUCGUACCGAAUAUGAUCCACGAACACAGUUGUAUUACACCACAGCACAACCUCGGUCGGAAAUAUCCGUGCAGCCAGCAGCAUCAACCCCUCAGGAUGUAAGCGGUCAGACUCCAGAGAGCACCAGUUCCACUAGAGACCUGAUUUCUCAGUUCUCUGUACAUGGGGGCUCUAUGCAGUGCACACCAGAUUCAAAGUGGACAUUGUCUUCCUUUGCAGAAAAGCACUACGCCCCAUUCCUGUUAAAACCAAAAACUAAAGUUGCUGUCAUAUUGGGUUUCUUAGCCUUGCUUAGUGUCAGCCUUUAUGGAACUACACGAGUGCGAGAUGGCCUUGAUUUGACGGACAUUGUACCAAGGGAGACCAGGGAAUAUGACUUUAUUGCGACACAGUUCAAGUACUUUUCAUUUUACCACAUGUAUGUGGUUACACAGAAAGCAGACUAUCCUCGAGCCCAGCGUUUGCUUUAUGAACUUCACAAAAGCUUUGUUGGUGUGAGAUAUGUGCUGCUGGAGGGUAACAAACAGUUGCCUAAGAUGUGGCUGCAUUACUUUCGGGACUGGCUGCAAGGACUGCAAGAUACGUUUGACCAUGAAUGGGAGGCUGGAAAAAUUACACGUAAUGAUUAUAGAAAUGCUUCUGAUGAUGCUGUCCUUGCUUACAAGCUCCUGAUACAGACAGGCAAUUCUGAUAAACCCAUUAACCUCAACCAGCUGACUAAACAGCGGUUGGUGGAUGCAGAUGGGAUUAUUCAGCCAAAUGCUUUCUACAUCUACUUAACAGCCUGGGUGAGUAAUGACCCUGUAGCCUAUGCUGCUUCCCAGGCCAACAUCCGCCCACACCCUCCUGAGUGGCUCCACGACAAAGCAGACGAUAGGCCUGAGACCAGGACAAUUCGUGCAGCUGAACCAAUAGAAUAUGUCCAGUUUCCUUUCUACCUCAAUGGUCUGCGGGAAACAUCCGACUUUGUGGAGGCUAUAGAAAAAGUGAGGGCAAUCUGUAACAACUACACAAGCCUUGGGGUGUCGAGCUACCCAAACGGCUACCCUUUCCUGUUCUGGGAGCAAUACAUUAGUCUCCGUCACUGGCUGCUGUUGUCCAUCAGUGUGGUUCUGGCCUGUACCUUUCUGGUGUGUGCUCUCUUUCUCCUGAACCCUUGGACUGCUGGAAUCAUUGUCAUGGUGUUAGCCCUUAUGACAGUGGAACUGUUUGGCAUGAUGGGACUAAUAGGGAUUAAGCUGAGUGCGGUGCCUGUAGUUAUCUUGAUUGCCUCAGUUGGAAUUGGAGUGGAAUUCACUGUUCAUGUUGCUUUGGCAUUCCUCACUGCUGUCGGGGACAAGAAUCGCAGAGCUGUUCUUGCUUUGGAGCACAUGUUUGCACCUGUCCUGGAUGGGGCUGUCUCUACUUUAUUAGGCGUUCUGAUGCUUGCUGGAUCAGAAUUCGACUUUAUUGUCAGGUACUUUUUUGCUGUCCUGGCAAUUCUAACUCUUUUGGGUGUACUAAACGGGUUGGUGCUACUUCCUGUACUUCUGUCUUUCUUUGGGCCUUAUCCUGAGGUCUCUCCAACUAAUGGCGGAGAUAGGCUUGAGGUUUCUCAAGACCCACCACCAAAUAUUGUAAGGUUCCCUGAGCAUCCUAGACCGACACAAAAUGGGUCGGAUUCCUCAGAUUCCGAAUAUAGUUCUCAAACCUCUGUAUCGGGAAUCAGUGAAGAGCUCCACCAAUAUAAUUCUCAGCAGUGUUCUGCAGCAGUCUUUCCUCGGCCCACUGUUGUACAGCAAAACAGUAGGCAUAAUCCACCAAAUCAAAGCACACCACCCAACAAAGAAGCCAGAACUCAACAACAAUGGUGUUCCAACAGAAAUCAGAGAUGGGAUUCAACAGAAGGAUCACGCCCACCUCCAUACAGACCUCGCAGAGAUGCAUUUGCAUCUUUUACUGAAGAGCAUGCUGGUCCUAGUACCAGGGACAGGUCAGGGCACAGAUCCCACUCCCAUAACAUGCGACAAACUGCCUUUGCUCCAGGAGGUGCUUCAGUACCUGCGUAUGGCCAACCUAUUACUACUGUGACUGCCUCUGCUUCAGUUACUGUUGCUGUGCACCCUUCUGUGUGCAGCCACAGUUCCUACGGUAGCUAUCCCUUUUACAGUGGCUACCACGAAAAUGACCAUGGACAUUUUGAGGACCCUCAUGUGCCUAUUAAUGUACGCUAUGAAAGAAGGGACUCUAAAGUAGAAGUAAUAGAGCUGCAAGAUGUUGAAUGUGAAGAAAGGACACAAGGAAAUGCCUCAAAAUAAGGGUCUAUCCAUUCUGAAUUAUUGAUGGCCAAAGAUGGGAAUGAAUUUCCAGACUGGUUAAGAAAGCUGCUGGAUGUUUUAUAUAAAGGACUUGCUGCAUCAGUUCACUGUUACUGUAACCUUUUGUAUAAAUGUGUAAAAUAUUGCUAUAAAUAUUUAAAAGGUGUAUACAUAUGUAAUAUACAAGAGAACAUUGUAAAGGUAGAAAAAAAAUGUUGAAUUAUUUUAUUAUUUGUAUUAUUAUUAUUAUUGUUAUUAUUGUUGUUGUUUUUUUUAGUCCUUUUAACCGGUGAGGCAAACACAUUUCCCUUCCUUAGUGUUCAGGGCCUGUGCCACAAAUAAGAUUCAUCUAGAAACUGAAUAUCUGUGUAUUUUUUUUCUGCUGCUUAAAUAUUGUAUAAUUGACAUGUAUAAUUCUAUGCAAAUGUUGCUUAAGUGAUAGGUCUUAUUUUAUAUGUGUAAAAGUACAGUUACAGCUGGUCACAUUUUGUAUGCCAGAGGUGAGGCAAGCAUGAUGCACACUCCCGCUGACACUCAAAAUGGUUUUAUCACAACCCUGUGGUAGUAUUUAACAAAUAACUCCAGGCCCGCUAUGUGUGAUAACUUUUCUUUCAGAUGGGCAGAUAUCAAGAAUUACAAGUCUACUGUUCCUACUAGUCUUCUGUUGUACAGUCUGUGCCACUGUAAUGCAUUUUCUUCAUUUGCUUCUGUAAUACCUUGAUGUUGGGAGUGCUUCCCCCUGUACAGAGCACUUAUUCACUAGAGACUUUCAUUCUUCAUUACCAAACAAGCUAUGGUUGUUGCAGGCAUUAAUGGAGAAUAUUACAGGUAUAGGAUCUAUUAUCCAGAAAGCUUGGUACCAGGGGUUUCAGGCUAAGAGGUAUUUUUAUAAUGUGGAUGACCAUAAUUUUAAACAUGAAAUAAACCCAAUAGAAUUGUUUUGCCACCAAUAUAGAUUCAUGUAGCUUCAUAACCAUUUUAAAGGAAAACUAUAUCCCCCCAAACAAUGUAGGUCUCUAUAAAAAUAUAUUGCAUACAACAGCUCAAA